UCUAUUUAUUUUUCGCUGGUUGUAUGACGGAUGAUGACAGAUGCACGGAAAGAUGGAUCUUAUUCAAAGGCCCUGCAGUGCUGAUGACUCUUUUGAGGUCAUAGAUUUCACAGAUCCGCAAGACCCCAUCAUAACCAGAAACUCCUCGCAUGGUCCUGAAUUGGAUGACCAUGUUAGCUGCCCAAUGUCUGACCCACAAGUAAGCCCAGCUGUCGGUGCUUCUAAUCAGAAUACAGCAGACUGCAGCCCAGCAAAUGGGUGUGAAGAUUGUAGAUCUACAUGUACUAGUCAAAAUAGUGAUGUGCCAAGUCCAGAAUGCUCCAUCAAAGGAGAACAAGAUACUUCAUCUUGUCCAUCCUGUUCUUAUAACCAAUCGUGUCAAAAUCUUAAUGUGAUGAACCAAUCGUCUUCCAUCUUACAAAAAAGUGACAGUGAAGGAGACCAAUCAGAAUAUGUGUGUUCAAGUACUGAAAAAGUGAAUGGAAGAGGGUCAUACGCAGCCAAGAAACCAUUAUCUCUGUCUGUAAAUGUUCACGAGCCCCCAGACGAAGAGGUGGAACUUUUACCUACUCCUGUACAAAGACGAGGAAACCCGCUAUCUCGUGAGGAUUUCACGAAACUUUUUGACCAAGACGGGAGACUUGUUGAUGAACACGCAUUUAGGAAAAGUAUAUUUAUGGGUGGAGUGGAGCCCGAAAUUCGUAAGGAAGCCUGGCAGUUUUUGUUUGGACUUUAUCCAUGCACCUCCACAUCUAGAGAGAGAGAAGAGCUUUUGUUGGAUUACAUCAUGAAAUACCAUGAGCUGAAGUCACGCUGGAAAACUAUCCUGGUGCUGAAUGCUCACCCUGGGGCUACCCUCUUACAGCAAGGUCUAGUGGCCAGGUACCAGAUUGAGGACCAGAAUAAUACCAUCCGGAGUCCGGAUCACAGCCCAGGGGAUCACAUCUCCGAGUAUGAGAUGAUGGAAAAGAUGUUGAUGGACGGCAAAAUGAAGGCGGAAAAACCGGACUUCCAGGUCCUGUCCAAGAACUUCCAGUCCAUUGACAUAUCAUCACCAGAGAUGCAGCAGAAAAUUGACUUCAUGAAAAUCCAAGCUCAGGUGUACGUGAAUAGACAGAAGAUCGAUGUGAAGAACCUGUGGAACCAUCUACGAGUGAUCGAUAAAGACGUCCCUCGUACUGAUCGGGACCUGGAGUACUUCAAGGGCACAAUGAAUCCGAACCUUACAGUAUUACGCAACAUCCUGUUGACAUUUGUAGCUUUCCAUCCAGACAUUGGAUACGCUCAGGGAAUGAAUGAUAUACUCGCUCAGUUUCUGGUCGUCUUCGACUCCGAGGUAGAAGCUUACUGGUGCUUCAGAAAUUAUUUACAGAAGAUUCAACAUGAGUUCACUGAAGAGGGAAUGGUCAGCAAAAUAGGGCUGGUUGUGCUUCUCCUCCAGGAAAUGGAUACUGCCUUGUUAGAACACCUGAAGGCUAAUGAUCUCGGAGAUUUGCUUUUCUGUCACAGGUGGCUCCUGCUCGGCUUUAAGCGUGAGUUUUCCUUCAUGGAGUCACUUCAAUGUUUCGAGAUUCUGAGCAGCCACCACCUCGAGCUGACAUCGAUGGAGGCAGAGAAGACACGUCGACAGGAACUCAAGCGGGAGUUUGAGAAUCAAGGUGGUGUAUUGAGAUCCUCUCUGCCUUCCGAUGUGGAAUGUCAGUUCACCUUUGACCUCUUUAUGUGUGUAGCUUUACUGCAGGAGAGUAGACCUCAACUGAUGGACUGCACGGAUACCGCAGCCGUGUACUCUGUCAUCAACAGUUUGAAGAUAAACCUUGAUGAGAUCUUGUUGAAGUCUGCUGACCUAUUUUAUACCUACUGCAAAAAGAGUGUGGAGGACAGCUUUCUAAUGGUGGACGCACCCCAAACCUACAGACUAUUCAAGUCCAAGUUAGGGGCCAGGGCAGAUUUGUAGACUAAAGACUGCAAUACACCCCAAACCUACAGACUAUUCAAGUCCAAGUUAGGGGCCAGGGCAGAUUUGUAGACUGAAGACUGUAAUACACCACAAACCUACAGACUAGUCCAAGUUAGGGGCCAGGGCAGAUUUGUAGACUGAAGACUGUAAUACACCACAAACCUACAGACUAGUCCAAGUUAGGGGCCAGGGCAAAUUUGUAGGCUGAAGACAGUGUUAUAAAACCAAUUAGAAAACCAAAACAAAAACUGCACUUGAGCUGGUCAGGUCGGUGGGGGCCAAAUUAUAGUGUAAUAGAAGCACAAAUAUGGAGGACUAUAGAGGGCUGUGUUGGAUCUGUAGGGACGAAGAACACAGUGAAAUAAAACCAAAACUAGAUCAGAUAUGUAAAGCACUAAUGAGGGUGAGAUGUUGGAACUGUUCUCUAAGGACAGAGUAACCAGCAUGUUUAAUUCUAUGAAUGGCGUCUAAAGACUGUACUGUAUUUGUGUUUUCAAUGUGUGAUGUAUUUCAACAUUUACUAGGAGAUCAAAUCAGCCGAGUUUCUGAACAUGCAGCAAAAAAGGAUAGGAUUUGUAUUUUGUUUGUUUGUAUUUUAAAAUUUUGUGUUGCUGAAGUUUUUAAAAUGUUAGAAUUUAAGCUUUAAACUUUGGGAGUAUGUGUGUGAUGGAUAGAAGAAAUUUCAAUUUUGCAAUAUUUUUAGAAUGUCCGUAGUUAUUGCUAUGUAAUAUUGGUAACUACAGACAACAAAUGUAGCUUGGAGUUAGCCUCAGUCAGUAUUUGAUAAUUAGAUCUACUCAACAGAGGUCUUCAUACAGCUAGGUCUGCUUCCAUACAAAAUGAGCUAGGGCAGGAAUAUCUCCUGAUAUUCAGUCAUAUAAACUUUCCAUUACAUAAUUUUUAAACUUGCUGCAUUUUUAAUUGCAUUCAUUUACAUUGUCAGUAUCAGACAUAAUUAGUUGUUGACAAUUGUGAUGUCGCAGCAUGAAGGUAUUUUAAAGUGCAAGUUUUCAUAAAUCGUCAAAAGUCUACUAGAAUCGAUAGAUGAAAUAUCAAAGUAUGUAAUAACAGCAUAUCAUUUAGCAAACCAUAAAAUCUAACCUUAAGUUACUGUAAUAUAUAUGCAUAGGAAGAUGUUGUUGCUGGGGAUAAACUUUAGUAGUACACUAUCUCAUUAGUAAUUCUAGGGCAUACAAUCACUGGGACUGAUGGAUUUUCAUGGUAUUCAGUAGUGUUCGCAAUUUUAUAGAAAAAAAGAUUAUAGUUUGUCCAACAUCUUCACAACCCAUUGCUGUUGACUGUGUUACGUAGUCUUUAAGAAAUUGAUAUUCAAUGCCUUCAUUAUUUUAUCAUUUUGCUGUUGAAAUAUCUCUCUAUUAUGAGGAUCAUUUUGUAUUCAGACACAUUCCAAACAUGUUCUUUAUUAAGAGACAUUUCAUUUGUUCAGAAAUUUAUGCUCUCGACCAGAAGUGGGUUUUUUUUGAUGAUUUUUUUUUUUAUGAUCAUGUUACAUGUUACUUAAAAACUUGAUAUUAGUGGAAAUGGGGAGCAAAACUGUGUAAUAUUGUAGAUGGUAUUGUGUAGAUUAUGUCAAUACUCAAUCAGUCUCAAUCUUAGUAUUAAUAUAUUGAGUAUUGACAUAAUCUACAUAAUACAAACAUAUAUCAAAUUAAAUUUGAAAAAUUGUUUCGUUGUAUGUUGUGAAGCUCAGAACAAAUGUUUUUUGUUUUUUUCACAUUCUACUGUUUCUAGUCUGUAUAUUUUAAAUACUCUGAGAUUGAAGGAUUUGAAUAUGUUUGUAAUAUAUUGCAGUGUUCAGUCAGGCUUGCAAUUGUGCAUGAAUGCUAAUUUUAUUAUACAUGUAUUCAUCAUGAUCAUGGAUAUGUACUAGGUUUUGAUUUGGCAGUUGGUUUUGUCGAAUAAUGGAGAUACGUAGUCAUCUGGGUUAUGCCUUAUUAUUUGAUGAGGAUUAUGAAUGUGAACCUUGACUCAUUUACGAAAAUCUUUCUCUAUGCUUAUAUACUGUAAAUUAGAGGGCUUUUAUAUAUAGUGUGUACAUUCCUUGUUGAAAGGCCUUUCAAAUGGUGCCACGAUUAAUGAUCUUGUGAUUGUGACCUUUGACCCACUUAUUUGAAACUACUUCCACCAUUUGAGGUAUAUUUCUAUGAAGGAUGGCCUUUUGAUAUUUGUAAGGUGGAAUCCAUUAGACAAUUUUUCCACCAGUACAUACAAUAGGAUUUACUACCAUUGUGCUAUCAUUUGUAACAUCUAAGUUUAACAAACACAAUGUGUUGUUUAGGCUAGAGCGUUGGAGAAGAUACAUGCAAAUAUAAAAUCUGAUUCUACAUAUCACUGCUAUUUCUUGAAUCUUACGGAUGACCCCUUUUGUGUAGAUGUAUGAGAGUGUGUGUGGUUUGAUAGCUGCCUUGAGCUAAAGGCUGAAAUGAGACUUCUGAUCAACUUUUGUCUCCGUCUGCCUGUAUGACGAUUUAAAGAUAAUGUAAAUAGGGUGGGAUGUAAGAACCAGAGACACCAAACUUGUUUGAGCGUUUCCUCGUAUUAUUGAAUGUAAUUAUUUAAACCACAAGUUCUAGGGCCAAUUAUUUCUUACCGACAAUCAAACACUUUCUACCACAUUCACAUUAUGCUGCAAACAAUUGCCUAGUAGUGAUUAAUGGGAGGUCUCCUUACCACACAAUGCAGUCAACUAAGAUCCAACAAAUACCCGCCAUAUUUACUUACUGUACAGGUAGAGGGCCCAACUAACUGCCACUGUAAUUCUUUUUAGAAUAAAGACGGGUGUUUUUAUUUUUUAAAAACCUACCAUCAAUGAUGUAAUGGAACUUUUAACACUAGACAUUCCUGAUUUAAUUCCCCUGAAGAAUCUUGGGGACACUGGAGACUGAUAUUUUUGCAGAUUGUAUGUUUGUAUAUGUUGCGUAAGCCAUUGUCUUUCAAUGUUCAUAGAUUAUUUAUGUUUAAAAUUAACGAAUCCGUAAUCAGAAAGUUUGUCAAUUAUUUGUGAAUUAAAUCAAUAAAUAGUUUUUAAAAUCA